AUGACAUUUAAUUCGUCAUUCUAUCGUGCAUCUCGUUCAUUAUUAGAAUUAUAUAAUACAACUGCUGCUAGUCGUCGUCAAGCUGUAUUGAAUGAUAAUUCUACUCUUGUACCAGUUACUGUUGCUAGUCAAGCGGAUGCAUUAUAUAUUUCGAUGUUUUAUAAAAUGUUGAUCGCUAGUAUGUUAGAUCGUGCAGUUAUAUGGCAAAUUCAACAACCAUCAACAGAUAGAAAAUUACUUGAAAAUGCUCGAAUUGAUCUUGAAAAUCAUCUUGAUGAUUGGAUUAACGAUAUUGAGCAAAAUUUACCUUAUACACCUAUUCGUAUUCGUAAUCUUGUGCAAGCUCAAUUAGGAACGAUGCUGACAGUCUUACCAAAAAUUGGAUAUUGA